ACAUUGCUCCAAGAGCUGCCGCGUACGCAGUUUCCAUGGGGACUGAACAUGGCGCCGCGAGAUAAAAGGUUGUCCUCAACCCCUCUGGAAGUCCUGUUCUUUCUAAAUGGGUGGUACUAUGCCACCUAUUUCCUGCUGGAGCUCCUCAUUUUCCUGUAUAAAGCAUGUCUCUUCACUGCAAGGCAGAAGUCUCUUCAGCUGAUGGCUUUAGAACGAUUCAGUCUCUUGCUGCCGUACCCAACAGCCAACCUAGUCUUGGAUGUGGUGAUGCUGCUCCUUUAUCUUGGCAUUGAAGUAAUACGACUGUUUUUUGGUACAAAGGGAAACCUCUGCCAGCGAAAGAUGCCCCUUGGCAUUAGUGUGGCCUUGACCUUCCCAUCUGUCAUGAUGGCUUCAUAUUACCUGCUGCUGCAGACCUACGUGCUCCGCCUAGAAGCUAUCAUGAACAGCAUCUUGCUCUUCUUUUGUGGCUCAGAGCUACUGCUUGAGAUACUCACGUUGGCCACCUUUUCCAGUAUGGAGAGGAUCUGAAGUACAAGAAUUCCAGCUGGUAGCCCAUCAGGGUGACAACACAUUCUUCUGGUAUUUCAGCACACUUGUGAAAAGUGGUAGGUCAUGUUGGCCUGGGAAAGGUUGUGUGGUUUUUCCUCAGAACAGACAUUUGGGCAUUGAGCACCUACUUGAGGUCACUGGCAUCAUCUUUAAACCAGGAUCAUCAGCAGGAGAUACUGACCUUUUGUGGUAGGGAGGGGCAAUGCUGUCCCCAUCUUGAUCUUUCUAACAGCUCCUACUGACCUCAAGUUCUCUUCCUUGGUCAUCAUGGCCAGAGUUCCUUGUGUGGAUCAUCUGGGCUUGUUGGGCUUCCAGCAGGACCUGAGCCACAGCACCUGUACAUGUACCACAUCUGUCUGCAUGAGCAUGAAAAGUAAUGAUGGUGGGCUCCUGGACUGAUUCAAAUACCCCUAACCCCAAUGCUCAGAGAUGGAGACCCAGAACCUUUUAGUAGUUCAUAGUAUUUUUCUAUUCUGAUCAUGAAGCA